ACUGCCGUAGCCAUCAUCAGCGGUCACGCAUGUUGCAUGUUUAAGCGCGAGCCAAUCAUUGCAGACGAUGGCUUCGCUCACUCCUAUAAUCGCUGGUGACCGACGACGUCCUUACUCUCCUGUGCACUCGCCCUCGGCACCAGUAAUCAUGACAGCGGCUAACGGCCACUUUGCCAGUGUUGGCGACGACGGCGACAAGCAGUCGUUCGAACACGGCAUCCAAGUUAUUGACGAGAACAAAACAUUCAACGCCAACCUACCAGCAUACCUCGACGUCGAACAUGUCUUGCGCCAGGGCUUCAACUACCACCUCAUCUCCGUCUUUGGUAGCCAGAGUACGGGAAAGAGCACUCUGCUCAACCACCUGUUCGGAACACACUUUGGAGUCAUGUCCGAGUCGGAACGUCGCCAGACGACAAAGGGAAUCUGGAUGAGCAAGAACAAGCGCGCCCAGGCCGAAGGAGGUGCUAUCAAGAUGGCAGACAACAUCCUGGUCAUGGACGUCGAGGGUACCGAUGGUCGCGAACGUGGAGAGGACCAGGACUUUGAGCGCAAGAGUGCCUUGUUCGCCCUGGCCACCAGCGAGGUCCUGAUUGUGAACAUCUGGGAACACCAAGUCGGUCUGUACCAGGGUGCGAACAUGGGCCUGCUCAAGACUGUCUUCGAGGUCAACCUGCAGCUAUUCCUCAAGGACAACAACUCGACUCCUCGCUCGCUACUCUUCUUCGUCAUCCGCGACCACAUUGGCACCACUCCUCUUUCCAACCUGCGUCAAACCCUUCUCGCCGAUCUGACCCGCAUCUGGUCCACCCUCUCCAAACCACCUGGUCUUGAGAACUCCAAGAUCGAAGACUACUUCGACUUCGCCUUUACCGCUCUGCCCCACAAGAUCCUGCAACCCGAACAAUUCGUCGAGUCCGUUGCCAAGCUAGGCUCGCGCUUCCGUGAAGGUCAAAAGACUUCUAGGACAAAUCCCUUCUCUGACGAGCAGGCCGAGCCUAUCCUGCUGCCCGAGUAUCACCGCAGGAUCCCCGCCGAUGGCUUCUCCAUGUACGCUGGAAAUAUCUGGGAACAGAUCGACAGCAACAAAGACCUCGAUCUCCCUACUCAGCAAGAGCUCUUGGCCCAGUUCCGUUGCGACGAAAUUGCUCGCGAGGUUCUUGUUGCUUUUGAUGAAGUCAUUACUCCUCUCGAGUCCAAGCAAGCAGACGCUGCAAAGUCUGGUGCACCAAGUGUUCUGGCAGGUCUCGGAAAGGCUAUGAAUGUAGCCCGCGCAAAGGUUCUCCAGGACUUCACGAGCGAGGCAAGCAGAUAUCACCAAGGCGUCUAUAAACGCAAGAGCGCCGAGCUCGAGACCAACGUUGAUGCCAGACUGAAGUCUCUGUUCCAGGGACAAUUGUCUGCCGCUCACAAGACUGGUGUACAACAGUUCACUGAAGCUGUUUCUACCGCUGUGAAGUCUGGUCAAAAGAAGGGUAGCCACUACGACUUCCAGAAGAUCGUCCAUGCCGAGAAGCAAAAGGCUCUCGAGAAGUACGAGCAGGAAGCAUCCGGACUAUUGAUUGAAGGUGCUUCUUGGAGCAACUACCAGCAAGAGCUUGAUUUGUACCGCAAAGACCUCGACGAAGCCAGUGGUCGCCUGCGCAAGGAUGAGAUGCGCCGCCUUGCCUCUCGUGUCGAGCGCUGGGUCCGUUCUCAUCUCGGCGAGUCAAUCGGUGUACAGUUUAACAAGCUUGGUUCUGGACGUGGUGGCUCUGGUGCACCUGAAACUGGCGAAAGAGGCUCCAUCGAGAAAGAUCUCUGGGAUCGUAUCUGGCUCGUUUUUACCGAGACCGUCAAGCACGCAGAAACACGCUUCACAGAGCGCGCAAAGGGCUUCGAUGCUAGUCCCGAAGAAGUCGAGGUCGGACUUUGGCGUCUGCGUCGCAAGUCUUGGGGUGUUUUGAGAGCCAAGAUUGAUGAGGAAGUCAUGGAGGGCAACCUGCUUCUUAAGCUCAGAGAAAACUUCGAAGACAAGUUCCGCUACGACGAGGAAGGUGUACCCCGUAUCUGGCGUCCCUCUGACGAUAUCGAGGGUAUUUACACUCGUGCGCGGGAAAGUACGCUCGAGCUCAUUCCUCUGCUUUCCAAAUUCAAGCUUUACGAGACCAAGUCUCUGCCUCCGCUCGAAGAAUGGAUUGGCCAAACGCCCGCUGAGUUGUCUGCCGCCGACGAAGAGGAUCUACAUCCCAUCGGUGGUGUAGACGAGGAAGAUGGAAAGACAAUCGACGAGGAGAUGACCGUCCUCAGCGAUGCAAAGAAGCAGGAUCUCAGCGUACGCUUCAAGAAGACUGCCGAUGGUGUUUACGUUGAAGCGAAGCGCAGCGCCAUUGGUGGUGUCACCCAAGUGCCUCUCUAUUUCUAUGGUCUAUUGCUUGCACUGGGCUGGAACGAGAUUGUCGCUGUCCUCCGCAACCCUCUCUACUUUGUCUUCUUGAUCCUCCUCGGUAUUGGUGGAUACGUUACCUACACACUCAACCUCUGGGGUCCGAUCAUUCGCAUGACCAACGCCGCCAGCGCACAAGGCCUCGAAGUGUUCAAGGAGCGUCUACGCGAGUUCCUCGAGACUUCAGAUACAGGUCGUCAAGCCAUGGCCAUGUCUGGCAGCAAACCUUCCGAGCGUGAAAAGUACAGAAUGGACACGCUCGAUAGCGACGGCAAGAAGACCACAUCCACGGGUGCCGAUGAAGAUGAAGACAUUUGAUCCAUCUUGCUUCUUUGAAUUAUUGUUGGACAGCCUACUACCCCAGCCUUGUUGUGUAGCGUAAAUGAAAGCAGUAACCACCUAUGUCUCCUCUCUGGAUUGUGUAUAGAAUACAUCAAUCCUCUUCCGAGAACUGCAUCUCCUUCUCGUGACGUUGGUUUAUAAUAGCUUGUCAAAAUG